GGCCAGGAAGAGGAAGGCAAAGUCGUGUAUCUGUCAUAUGUGUGGUGCACAUCUGAACAGACUCCAUUCUUGCCUCUAUUGUGUUUUCUUUGGCUGUUUCACAAAGAAGCACAUCCACGAGCACGCAAAGGCAAAGCGACACAACUUAGCCAUAGACCUUUUGUAUGGGGGUAUAUACUGCUUUAUGUGUCAAGAUUACAUAUACGACAAAGAUAUGGAACAAAUUGCCAAAGAAGAACAACGGAAAGCUUGGAAGCUACAAGCCUUCACCCCAACAAUGGUUUCUCACUACCAGUGUACAAUGACAGGUAUUGGAGAGAAGUAUUCAACUUGGGAGCCAACCAAACGAGAGUUAGAGCUGCUUCGACACAACCCCAAACGGAGAAAAAUAACUACAAACUGCACCAUAGGUCUAAGAGGGCUAAUCAACCUUGGGAACACGUGUUUUAUGAACUGUAUUGUCCAAGCACUUACCCACACUCCACUACUGCGAGAUUUCUUCCUCUCCGACAGACACAAAUGUGAAAUGCAAAGUCCCAGCUCAUGUCUGGUCUGUGAAAUGUCUACGCUUUUUCAGGAGUUCUACUCUGGGCACCGAUCUCCUCACAUUCCAUAUAGGUUAUUGCACCUGGUAUGGACGCAUGCGCGGCAUUUAGCAGGGUACGAGCAACAGGAUGCGCACGAGUUCCUCAUCGCUGCAUUAGAUGUGCUACAUCGGCACUGCAAAGGUGACGAUAAUGGGAAGAAAGCCAACAACCCCAACCACUGUAACUGCAUCAUAGACCAAAUCUUCACAGGUGGACUGCAGUCUGACGUCACUUGCCAAGUCUGCCACGGUGUUUCCACAACGAUAGAUCCGUUCUGGGACAUCAGUUUGGAUUUGCCCGGUUCCUCCACCCCGUUUUGGCCUCUGAGCCCCGGCAGCGACGGCAGCGUGGUCAAUGGGGAGAGCCACGUGACGGGAACCACCACCCUCACAGACUGCUUGCGAAGGUUUACGAGGCCAGAACACCUAGGAAGCAGUGCCAAAAUCAAAUGUAGUGGUUGCCAUAGCUACCAGGAAUCCACCAAACAACUCACUAUGAAGAAAUUACCCAUCGUGGCCUGUUUUCAUCUCAAACGGUUUGAACACUCAGCCAAACUGAGGCGAAAGAUUACUACAUAUGUCUCCUUUCCAUUGGAGUUGGACAUGACACCAUUUAUGGCUUCCAGUAAAGAGAGCAGAAUGAAUGGGCAGUAUCAGCAGCCAGCAGAUAGUCUAAACAACGAUAAUAAGUAUUCCUUGUUUGCAGUAGUUAAUCACCAGGGAACCCUGGAGAGCGGGCACUAUACCAGCUUCAUCCGGCAACACAAGGACCAGUGGUUCAAAUGUGACGAUGCCAUCAUCACCAAGGCUAGCAUUAAGGAUGUACUAGACAGUGAAGGGUAGGUUUUGCAUGACGCUCACGGGUGGAGAACAGCCUCCCAGAGAGGCAAAAUAUGUCAGUUUUGAUUGCUUUCUUUUCAGAAUGAUG